AUGAAUGUUCCUGCGUUUUCGGAGCCUUCCCCCAAUCGUUCUACCUCGUUCUUCAUAGAAGACAUCCUCCUCAACAAACCCAAACAGCUGGCCAGGGACUUCAGCACCGUGUCCACCCUGAGGUCAGCCUUCCCCGAGUACGGAUACGCCUGUGUCCCCGGGGCCCCGGCGUUCUACACCCACCCGUUCCUCACCCACGGGGCGAGCUUUAUACCGAAACAUCAUCAGGACCACCCAGCGUUCUUCAUUCCAACUGCAAGUUUGCCGUUGACCCCGCUGUUCCAGCACGACAGUCCGGGAAAACACUGUCGCCGACGUAAAGCGCGGACUGUGUUCAGCGACCAACAGCUGAACGGACUGGAGAAACGGUUCGAGUCGCAGAGAUACCUGUCCACACCGGAGAGGAUGGAGCUUGCGUCACAACUCAGUCUGUCGGAGACGCAGGUAAAGACCUGGUUUCAGAAUCGACGAAUGAAACAGAAGAAGUUGCAACGCAAAACGACCGGCGACAGCAACGACGGCGCCUCUCUCGACAAACACAGCUUGUCUGACGACAACGACGACAUCUCAGAACGAGGCCACGACGGCCGAGAAACGCCCACGUCGUCUUUGCGACACGACAGCGCAUGCUCAGACAACGAGGAUACGGAGGAAAUCAAUGUAGUGGAUGCUGACCCACUGACGUCAUCGCCAAUAUGA